UUUCAGCAUGGUUAUGGAGGACGUCACGAAUGUCAAUCGCAAUCGGAGAUACAUUUCCGACGGACUUGCUGUCGUUAAAAUGACAUUUUUAAAAAACAUGCAAGAAAUCAGUACUGCGCCACGCUACGAACCAGAGAUGGUCUAUCAGCAUUUCGGAGAUGAGGAGACAAUCUUCGGCUACGAAGAUCUCGAGGUUACCAUCCAUCACACAGCUCAAACCCUCUACAGCUACAUAAACGUGAGCUAUUCCUCAAAAGCGAAAAACGAAAACGGACUGGAGGCCGAUGACGUCAUUGAUAAGCUGGUUCAUCCAGACGUUCGUCCGAAUGUUCUGGUUUCGGGAAAAGAAGAAUUCCAGCAGAAGCUCAUCAAACAGAAGGAUUUCAAGCCUUUCGGUGAGAUGGUACACAAGUUUGAGCUGAAAGGAAAGAGCUACGAGGUCUACAAAGUCGCCGAGCAAACCGAAGAGUUCAACCUUUUCCUAGAAAGAAUCCAGACUCUCGGCAUGUUCUUCAUCGAGUGCUGCUCACUGACAGAUAACACUGAAGACAAUUGGCUUCACUAUUUUAUCUACGAACGCUGCGACACCGGUGAAGGAGAUGGAAGUACUGUGGCCAACGUGGCUGGCUACGCGACACUCUUCAAAUUCUACAACUACAUUGACAGGAUCCGUCCACGAAUUGCACAGAUGCUAUUGCUCCCUCAAUACAGAAAAUCUGGAAUUGGAGCCAGUUUCAUGGAAUCUUUCCUGCGAGAUCUUCGUGCCUCUCCAGAAGUUUUCGACGUAACCGUCGAGUCUCCCGGAGAUCAGUUCGUCAGCCUCCGUGACUAUGUGGAUUGUGUCAACUGCAUGACACUGCGGGAAUUUGCACCGGAGAAUCUCAAGAGGGGAUACUCGGACAAAAUGCGUCAGGCCGCACUGGAAAAGCUCAAGAUUUCCAGACAACAAGCCCGUCGAGUCUAUGAAAUUUUGCGUUAUCGUGCUACAAAUAAGAAGGAUAAAGAAGAGCUGAAAGCGCAGAGAAUCGAUGUGAAACGUCGGUUGUAUGCACCAAUGAAGAAAUCGGAUCAGGACUGGAAGCGUCUGAAUCUCGCGUUGACACCCGAUGAGCUUCGACAAGCGGCCUGUGGACAAAUGGAUGAGGAAACCAAGUUCUCGACGCUCUCACAGAAUUAUGAUCGGCUUAUGGAGGCCUAUCAAAAAACUAUUGAUCGAAUUGAGCAGCAUCCAAGCAUUUUUUAAUCGUUGUAUCUGUAUCUUAUUUUAAUUUGAAAUUACAUGUGGGAUUUUUGUAUUUUUUUUAAAGCUAAUUACCACGAAAUUCGUCUAAAUUUGCUGUAAAUUUGCAAAAUUCCCUUGCCGUUAUUACCCAUACGCGAAAUUUUGCGCCAAAAGUACGGUAUCCGGUCUCGAAGAGAAAAAUGUAUGAUAAAUGCGAAAAAGUGUGCGCCUUUAACGAUUUUUAUCAGGUUUUCAUAGUUUUUCCCAGCAUUUGUUAAAGUUUUUUUGGGUUUUGAUUGUGAUCUACGAAAAAUCGACGAAAAUCCGCAAUAGCAAAAGUUUGAAGCUACAGUACUCUUUAAAGGCGCACAAAUUUUCGCGUUUAACAAACAUGUUUCGUUGCGAGACCAGGCACCGUAUUUUUGGCGUGAAAAUCGCUUUGGGUCCUAUUUGACUUAUUGUGAAUGUUUCAUGAAUUUUUCCGCUCUCUAAACUCUCAGCUAAAAAUCGAAUUCCCAGUUGAAAAUCCCGAAUAUAUUUUUAUCUUCUUAUAUAUUAUUCUUCAAUUACAAAAAAAAAACUCACCGAAAUAAAUGAUCUCUCACUCU